AUGACAAGUCAAGCGAUAAAAGCAGCUGAUCAACUACAAGCUCAAUGGUAUUGGAAAUCGAACUCUGAUCCAUGGUCAACAAAUGGAAAAGAAGAAUGGAUAAAAUAUUCUGAUAUCGAAUCGGCAAUUAUUGAAGAAGCAUUUAUUGGAAAAAAUAAAACAAAACUAGUUGAUCUGGAUAAUUAUUCGAUUAACUUAAACGAUUCCAUUCAAAUCAGUAAAUCGGAUUCAAAUAAGCAAUGGCAAAUAAAACGAAUUCAAACUACUAGAAAUGAAAACCAAGGUUUAAGAGAAGAAAGAUUCUUUCUUCCACCAGCAUUGAGUAAAACGUUCAAUAAUGACUGGGGCAAAGACGCUUAUACUUUUCUUUCACAGUGGAAGGAAGGCAAGAAACUUUCCGAUGCUGAAAUAGUGAAACAGGCAGCGGAUGGAAUAAUUAUCGAAGGAACGCAACUAGGUCAACAUUGUGAAUCACAAUAUAUAGCUCGCCAACUAACAGCCGUGGAAAACAACCACAGAAACGACAUUUACAACUGUUGCAUUCAGCUCUACACAAUGGAAUGCUUUUUAUACAAACUAAUGAAUAAAGCACUGCGAGAAAACGACAAGACCAAAGUAAACACUCUCGGUCCAUUUUGCUACAUUUUAUUCAGAAGUUGGCAACACACAGCUACGAACUAUGCAGCGGAACUUUAUCGAGGAGUAAACAUCGAUCAGAAGAUGCUUAAACCGUAUGAGGAAGCGAUUGGACAGACAAGAUGCUGGGAUAGCUUUACCUCAACUAGCAAAAACCGUGAAAAAGCGCAAAAAUUCGGCAAUACCUUAUUCAUUAUCGAUGCGACCAACAAAGGCGCCUUAGACGUAUCGCCGCUUUCUAAUUACGAUGAAGAAGAGGUCCUACUUCCUCCUGCAACAGCAUUUGUAACUGUCGAUGUCAAGAAAAAUCCAACCAAAACCUACAUUUAUCUAAAACUAAUGAAUGAUUUGCAUUCUUCAGUGGCUGCAUCAGCAUUGAUUCAGUUCUUGGUGACCUCGUCGUAG